AUGAAUUUAAAUUACUUUGGAGUCAAUAGAGGAUCAUCAAGCAAUAAUAACAGUCAAAACAAUACUCCAACUCUCGGAGGUAUCAAACUAAGUUCGAGUCAACAAUCCACGUCCAGUAGUGUAAUUAGCAACAGCCAUAGCAUCAAUAGUGCUACCAGCAGCUAUUCAUCAACCACGUUUGCAAGUAGUAUUAGUAGCUCAAGCACAACUGGUCUUCCGAUGUAUCAUCAUCAUCAUCAACAACCAUCCACUCCUUCUUCCGAUCACGAUGAUUUGGAACAAGAUAGAAAUGAAAUUCUCAAUGCAGAACCUCACAUUCUUUGUUCAUCGAGCAUCAACAUCAGCCCAAAUCCUCAAGAAAAGAAGGCUGGAGGAUCAGGAUUGAAUGCAUUGAGUGCCUCUCCUGAUUCUAGAUUAAUUGCUGUUGGAGGUCGAAAAUUAUUUAGAAUUGUGAGAGCCUCGUUUCAAGAAGAUGAAAAGAAGUUCAAACUCGAUAUUCCAAUCACAAUAUAUUACUCAGGAAAGAAGAGUAUGGAUUUUGCGGUUGUUGAUCUCAAAUGGCAUCCAACACUUCCGAAUGUGAUUGCAACUGCUCCUCCGAACGGAAAAGUAAUUCUGUGGAACGUGAAUAGCAGUUCGAAAAGUGGCAAGAUUAUUACGAGAUUUAAUGGUCACGAAUGUACUGUUAAUUCCUUGUGCUGGCAACCACAUCAAGAGAAUAAUUUAUUGAGUGCUAGUGUCGAUCAUACGGUUCGUUUGUGGGACAAGAGACAAGGUGGUGAUUCUGUUCAAACCUUCAACUGUGGAAGUGUUGUGAGAAGCAUCAAAUUUAACCCAUUUUUCCCUAAUGUCUUUGCAGCAGCUACGGACGGUGGAGACUUUCAAGUAUGGGACAUCAGAAAGCCAAACCUCUAUCAAAAGAAGGUACCAGCUCAUAAUGGUUUAAUUCUUUCUCUGGAUUGGCAUCCAAAGAAGGGAAGUAUCAUUGCCACCGGAGGUAGAGACCGAGUCCUUAAGGUUUGGGAUCUCAACGAUACAAAGAAGCCCUUGUCAACAGUUCAAACGAUUGCCAGCAUUGCUAAAAUUGCUUGGAGACCUGGCAAUUAUAAUUCUCAUAUCGCUAGUUGUGCCAAGAAUGAAGUUGGUUCAACAUGCAACAUUAAUUUGUGGGAUAUUAGCUCUCGAUAUGUUCCCCUAUUAACAUUUACAGGACAACGUGCAGAUGUUACAGAUAUUGCAUGGAUGAACAAUUAUCCUAAUUUAAUGAUGAGUUGUUCCAAAGAUAAUACUUUUAUGAUUCAUAGUGUUUACGAAGCUGAGUAUGAAAAAGCGAGUCUUCCUACUACUUCACUUUCUUGGAAUAUUAAUAAUGAGCUAGUCAGUUAUUAUGAUGAGAUUGAUCGAGAACAACAUCAACGAUAUCAAACUAUCCUUCAGACAGUAGCUAAAAAUCCUCCUUCAGUGAUCAAACAAAUUAACAGGGAGACUGAAGUAUUUACAUUCAAGGAGGCUCACUUGAACAAAACAAUUAAUGUUAUCAAGAGUACUGACCAAGAAUGUGAUUUAUUUGCAGAGUCUGAUGUUUCAAAAAUCAAGUAUUUAGCUGAAAAUUAUGUACUUUUUCGGAGAUGA